AGAAUCGAUGGGGUCGUGGGCGCAGCGGCUGCGCCCACCAGUCAGCUGAUCGUUCACCUUCAUCAUGCAUCGCAUAAACAUGGUCCGGGGGUUCAGAUCGGAUCCGCACGGUCGGACUAUGUGCUUUGCUAUGAGAAGAUGCAGAAUGGCCCGAUAUCUGAUAAGAGAACGUCCGUCAUGCUCAUCAGCUGAUUAUGUAGUAGAAGAAAUGGUUACGAAGCUGAAAACCUUGGGUAUAGCUCAGAAAAAUGAGUCCCGCAAGACGCGUAUUCAUGAUUAUGGAUCUGGGUUAUAUGUAUGGUCCAGUCCUGGAAAAUGUGCUCCUUAUGCAGUACCUAAAAAAGUAAAAAAGCCCGAAGAGAACACUGAUGGUCUAUACUCCCUCCUGUCUGGUGUGCGUUUUGGCGCCCACUUGGACGUUGCAAAUCUUCGCCUCCAAUUGAUCGAGGAUCCUCUGAAGACGGCAAUUCCACAUAGAAGACGAUAUUUGCGGUUCGGAAGUUAUUUUUGUGCCAAGCAUGAUGAACGUUAAGUGCCUC